ACAUGAUUUAUAACAGAAGAAAUCGCCACCCACUCCAGUCCUCGUCCCUGUUCUUGUGUCAUCAUCGUCUCUUCUUCUUCAUCGUCUCGUUUCCGUAAUCUAAUCUCUAGGGGUUCGUUUCGUGGAUCCAUCAAUCUUCUGAACCGAAGGCGAUCAUCAUCCAUGGUGAAGAAGAGGAAAUCGGACGCGACGCGGCUGGACGAGGUGGAUCGGAGCAUGUAUUCGACCUUCUGCAGCGCGGCGAACUCGCUGUCUCAGAUAUACACGCAGGCGAUGGCGCAGCAGAAGGUCUCCUUCCAGGCCGGAGAGCGCCAUGCCCUGGAGAAACUCCACCAGUGGAUUUUGAGACAGCAUGAGGAAGGGGCAAUAGUGACCACAGCAGAAGUCAUUGCUUAUUUGCAGAACGAGAUUGAUUAUGGAGGAGAGGACGCGUCAAUGUCUCCAAGAUUGCAAUUUCCUUGCCAUCCUCAAACCACAAUGCACUUUACAAACCCAAACAUCCAGGCCUCUUCUGGUGUGUCUGGACCAGCAACAGUUGUAAUUGCCCCACGGACUGGGCACUCUGAUCAAAUGAAGAACUCGAUUUUCUCAAAUGCUCUCUCCAGCCCUGUUUGUUCUAGCCUUCAGCCUUAUGAUGGAGGAUAUUAUCCAAGUGGUGCCGUGCUUAAUGGAAGUGGAACUCGGAACCACGAAGUUGUCUUUCCCAAUCAAAGCCGUGACUCCAACUCCCUCAAUUUCAAUGACUCAUCUAUGGACAUGCAUUCAGACAGUCCACCUCAUGAGUCCUAUUGAUGCUUUUCAGAAAAGUUGCAUUAUUUCUUUGUUAUUAGCCCCAGUAACCCUACCUGCAGUUACUUUGCUGCAACUCCUGCCUCAAAAAACUUGGUGAAUCAAGAAGGUGCUACAAUUGUGAGGUCUGCAUGCAGGUGUUUUUGUGGAGGCAUCGAAAGUACGUUUCUCAUGAAGCUUCAUACACCCUGAGAGUCAAUGCCAUCUGUUAAUUUUAAGCUUAUUUUGGGCUUCCCGCUGUCGGCCUAAUUUUAUGUAAAAAAUGGCCCUGUUUGUGUUUUUUUUUUUUAAAAGCUGUUUGCUUUUUUUUUCGAGCUUGUGGAUCAUAUGAUUUGGCGGACUUGGUAGGUAGUAUAUAUAUUUGGUCUUUGUGUGAUGAUCCUGUGAAUCAAUCAAGUGGAUGUCUAGCAAAUACGGCUUGGUUGAAGCAGCAUUUUAUGUACAUGGAUGCGUGCUUGAAACAGGAGGCUUCGUCUUUGGUGGAUUGCUCAAUCGGUUCAGCCUUGACAGCUUGCUGCAAUGAAGAAUCUGUCUGCAUCUUAUUCAACAGGAGAUGUUUAAACAGUUGAUUUGCAUCUCUGGUUUGAUUUUUCCUGCUGUGGACGCUGGCCAUUUCAGUUGCGUCCUGUUGUUAGCUUUCCUGUUUUUAUUUUCUCUCUUGGUAUUUGCUUAGUCUAAAACAUUUUCAGAAACCUGCCUUUCUUUUAUACUUCAUCUGUAAGAAUGUGGGAUGCCUUAUACUA